ACAAAAAAAAUGGACGCUAUGAAAAUCGUAAUUGAUUGUCCCGGAGAAAACGAUGUGAGGGCAAUGUGCAUUUGGAUGAGGCGCAAUCGGCCCCUGCAGGAGCAAGCGGAACACUGGAAGGAGGUGAGGGGUCGCAUGAAUAACGUGGGACCAAUUCUCCGCUUUAUCCUUGGCAAACAGGCAUAUGAUGACCGCAUUAAAGCGUGUCAGCAGACCGUGGAUGGGUCGACUGCCUCGGAAUUAGAGCGUAAUUUGGGUAUUGGCUGUUGUUACUCGCCUAUUGACAGUGACUUGUCUCGAAAGCUUGUGAGGGUUGUCCGAGUACGACGAGGAAACAGCAUUGAGUCGCCUCUGACUGUACUGAUAUCUUCCCACCUCGAACGUGAAACUUUGUCCAGGUUGGAGAGUGAAAUGAAGCAGUCCGAUUUUAUUUUUUUCGUUUUGAGGUUCUGGGAUUAUGUCCCACCAUAUAUUAUUGGAAAGUAUGCCGUAUCCGCAUUUUUGAAUGAGGAUUUCCUGCGUGCGAUAAGACUCAAAAUCAAGGAACUGAGGCCACGAGGACGACGUGAGUCACACAGCUGUGCGCUGAAAGAGCACUCAGACACGAGCUUCGCCAGGAAAGAGGUUCUACCACCACCGGAACGUCUUUCCAAUCCGGUUGCUAUGGACCACUGGGUGCUGUAUGAGCCGAAAGUCCAAAACUUUCCGCUGGUGGACGGCUUUUUCUUUGUGGACUCAAAUCCGAAGACGCUGGUUGGGCUGCGGAUGGCUACGGCGGGUGGGCACCACACGAAUACCAGCACUGUGAGGCAGUUCACUGAGUGCCUGGCGGCAUAUUUUGAGGGUUGGGAGGAAUCAUCCCGAGACAUGUCGUGGGAGAUUAUUUAUGUGCAGCAGGCAGACAGCUCGCCGAUGACUGGCUGGCAGGGAUGUGAUGUUGUCAACUCCGAUAAUGUGAGCCGCGCUGAAAACCGAGAGAUUGCGGCGUUCUGGAACGAAAAGGUGCGCCAGUACAUAGCAGCAGUAUCAUCCGGAGAGCUUAGAAUGGGCGAAGCUCUCUGA